AUGCCUACCCUCACCGUCGCAGUCGCCCAAGCUCGCACCCGCUCCACCCUUGCGACAACUCUAGCCGCCCUAGAGCGAACAACCAUCACCGCCGCCAAGCGCGGUGUGCACCUCGUCCUUUUCCCCGAGGCGUAUCUAGGCGGGUAUCCACGGACAUGUUCCUUCGGUGCAGCGGUUGGAUCCCGACACCCGCGCGGCCGAGAUCAGUUCUUGGAGUAUUUCAAGGCGGCCGUGGAUCUGGGCGAUACGCCUGCUGGAGCGGGCGAUGAUUGGGUGAAUCGGAAUCUGGAGGUUGCAAGUGGCAAGUCGCAUCGUGGUGACGGGACGAGAGAGGUUCUUGAGCGGAUUGCGGCUGAGACGGGGGUGUUUAUCGUGACAGGUCUUGUUGAGCGGGCUGGUGGGAGUCUUUAUUGUGCUGUUGUAUAUGUGGAUCCUGUUAGGGGUGUGUUGGGGAAGAGGAGGAAGGUUAUGCCGACUGGAGCCGAGCGCAUGAUCUGGGCGCAGGGCUCCCCCUCGACCCUCCGCGCCGUCACCACAACCCUCAACGGCAUCCCCUUGACCCUGGGAUCGGCAAUCUGCUGGGAAAACUAUAUGCCUCUCCUCCGACAAAGUCUCUACUCGCAAAAUGUCAAUAUCUAUCUCGCGCCAACGGCAGAUGCCCGCGAUACGUGGCUCCCGCUCAUGCGCACUGUUGGUGCCGAGGGACGCUGCUUUGUUCUCUCUGCGAACCAGUGUGUUCGUUCAUCUGAGCUGCCGGAGUGGAUUACUGGUGCUGGUGAAUCUGCGUCAGGAGGAGCGCAGAUACAGACUCCACCGCAGGCCCCGAAACUAGGCCGGAAGCUCUCUAUUACGGCGGAGGGCCCUCAUGAGAUUGUUUGGCCACAGGGUCAGGGCCAUCCUGAUGGGCAAACUACUGCUGCCUCUUCAAGAUUUGAGGGACAAGUACUGUCCAAGACAGAGGAUGAGUUUGUUUGUCGAGGUGGAAGCUCUAUCAUCUCACCCCUUGGAGAGGUGCUCGCGGGUCCAUUGUGGGAAGUCAGCACGGAUGAUGCGGCCGAUAGUGAAGAUGCUGCUGUCAGUCUUUCUGCCGGACCGGGAAUUGCAGCCGGUCUUGAGAAAGAGGCUGUUGCGGUUGGGGAUGGGCUGGCUAUUGCCCACAUCGACACGGACGAUUGUGAGCGCGGCCGGUUGGACUUGGAUGUUGCAGGGAGCUAUUCUCGAAAUGACGCAUUCAAGCUGAGUGUGGAAGGGUUGGAUUUGGCCCCGCCACCUCUCUAG